AUGGCAGCCAUGAAGAUAGCCCUGACGGCAGCCCUCCUUGCGGCCCUUGUGACCCUAUCAGCCGCCACCACAUACACCACCACCGUCACCACCACAACCUUUGCCGACGAGGCUGAAAACCCCGGCCAGCAGGAGCAGUGUCAGCGCCAGAUUCAGGGCCGCCAAUUCCGGUCGUGCCAGAGGUACCUCUCCCAAAGGAGCAAGUACAACUCUGAUGAUGAGGCCAUGAUCGAGAUGAACCCGGGACAACAGGGGCAGGAGUCUCUGAGAGAGUGCUGCCAGCAGCUCCACAACGUGAACGAGCAGUGCAGGUGUGAGGCCAUUAGGCACGCCGUCAGGCAGCUUCAACAGCAAGAGGGCCAACAGAUGGGCCAAUCCCAGGUGUACCAAAAGGCAACCGAGCUCCCGCGCAGGUGCAACAUGAGGCCUCAGCAGUGCCAGAUUAGGGUCGUCUUUCUUUGA